AGCAAAGGAAAAUAAAUACAACUGUAAGAGAAAGUUAAGCAAAAGUAAAAGGUUUAUUAGUCAAAUGGGGGAAACGUCUGAUUAAAAUACAGAAUGCAAUAAUUUGCUUCUCCAUUUCAAAAUUCAGUCACAAGGGGUCACUGUUGCCUAAGGAAAUGUUUUAAGAGCAGAGAGAAUUCAUAGCUCCUCCCUUAGAGAGCCUGAAAAUUCUGCCUGCCUGUGAGAUUCACAAUAGGGAUAUCGCACACCAGAUGCAAGACUACUGGAAUCUCUUCAAAUGAUUACACCAACCCUGAUGAGCUCUUUGGACCCUGCUCUUCACUUCUUCAAGAAAAGAGAUUUUUAAAGGAGAGAUGCCACUGGUGGGAUUUGUGUCUGUAUUUGCAAUGGUUCCUUGGCAGAAUCCUUCCAUGGUCAAGCAGCUGCUGCAGCUGGUCCUUCUCCACACAGCCUGGGAAAUGGGGAGAUGCCAGCUCCAUUAUUCUGUGCCGGAGGAAUCUCAGCAUGGGACCUUUGUGGGCCGCAUCGCUCAAGAUCUUGGGCUGGAUGUAAGUGAGCUGGUGCCUCGGAUGUUCCAGAUGGUGUCUAGAGGACAUGAAGACCAUUUUGAGGUAAAUGUGCAGAAUGGAAUCUUGUUUGUGAAUUCCCGGAUAGACAGGGAGGAGCUUUGCAACAAGAACCCUGUGUGCUCCAUUCACCUGGAGAUGAUUGUGGAUAAACCUCUGAGGGUCUUCCAUGUGGAAGUGGAGAUCAAGGACAUAAAUGACAAUGCUCCUCUUUUUUCAGUAAAUGAACAGAAUUUGACUAUUGCAGAAUCACGUCUACCAGGUUUCCGUUUCCUGUUAGCUGGUGCCUCUGAUGCAGAUACAGAUGCCAAUGCUUUGCUGACCUACAAGCUCAGCCCUAAUGACUAUUUCAUUCUUGAAUCGGGAGGUGAUGAGGACCAGAGUAAAUCUCCAGUACUUAUACUAAAAACUCCACUUGACAGAGAGAAGACACCUGUGCAUCACUUGGUACUCACAGCCACUGAUGGGGGCAAACCAAAGCUCACAGGCACAGUCCAGCUGGUGAUCAAUGUCCUGGAUGCAAAUGACAACCCUCCUGUAUUUAACCAGUCCACUUACAAGGUAAAACUAUUGGAGAAUGCAGCUAAGGGAACAACAGUUAUUAAACUGAAUGCUACAGACUUAGAUGAAGGGAUUAAUGGGGAAAUCACUUAUUUUUUUAGCAAUAAUGUACCACCCCGUUUCACAAAGAUAUUUAGCAUAAACGCCAGCACAGGUGAGGUCAGAGUGAUUGGGAAAGUAGAUUUUGAAGACAUUAAUCUAUUUGACCUUCAAAUUGUUGCAGAAGAUAAAGGAAGCUUGCCUUUGUCUGGACACUGUAAGGUUCUCAUUGAGGUGUUAGACAUGAAUGACAACAUUCCAGAAGUUUCUGUGACUUCUCUUGCUGUGCCAGUGCCAGAGGACUCUCCUCCAGGGACAGUGGUGGCCCUUGUCAGUGUCUCAGACAGGGACUCUGAAGCCAAUGGGCAAGUGAGUUGCUCCCUGUGGCCCCCUGGGCUGCCUUUCAAAUUAACAUCGACGUUCAAGAACUACUACUCCUUAACUCUAGCAGAGCCUUUGGAUCGCGAGCGGGUGGCUGAGUACAGCUUGAUAGUGACAGCUCAAGAUCAAGGUGUUCCACCAUUGUCUGCUAGCAGCAGCCUCUUAGUUCCUAUCCGUGAUGUAAACGACAACACUCCAGCUUUCACGCAGCCCUCCUACACGGUCUUUGUGAAGGAGAAUAAUCCACCAGGUGCCCACAUCUUCACCGUGUCUGCCUCAGAUCCAGAUGUGGCUGAGAAUGCUCUAGUCAGCUACUGGAUGGAUGAGACGCUCUGGCCGCUGUCAAGUUACAUCUCCGUGCACUCGGAGAGUGGGAAGGUCUAUGCUUUGCAGCCCUUGGACUAUGAGGACAUAAAGCUUCUGGAGUUCCAAGUGAGGGCCAAGGAUGCUGGGCUGCCCUCCUUGUGUGGCAACACUACAGUUCAGGUGUUUGUGGUGGAUGAGAAUGACAAUGCGCCUACAGUGGCUGGACCAUCAGAAGAGACUCCAAUUGUUCUAGUGGCUCCUGUGUUGUCUGGACACAUGGUGGGCAAGAUCCGUGCCCUGGAUGCUGACUCAGGGUACAACGCAUGGUUGCGAUAUGAGAUGCAUGAGUUGACCACUGGCCCUUGGCGUGUGGGGCUGUACAGUGGGGAGAUCAGUACCACGCGUGCCCUGGAUGAGGUGGAGGGCAGAAGCAGCCAGACUCUCCUUGUGUUGGUGAAAGAUCAUGGCACACCUUCACUCACGGCCACAGCCACAGUGAGUUUGUCACUGGUGGCAAGUGCCCAGGCUGUUAAGACUGACACCCUUUCCAGGACAGGUGAAAGCUCAAAGCCUUUGGUGGACAAUGUCAAUGUCUACCUGAUCAUUGCCAUCUGCUCAGUGUCCAGCUUGUUCCUCCUCGCAGUAAUCUUUUAUGUGGCCUUGCGAUGCCGUUGCCAGGCGAAGGAGGCCAUGGUGUAUGGUCCUGGCACAGCCACCCUGGUAUGUGCCAGUGAAGUGGGCACCUGGUCAUAUUCGAAUCGCCACAGCCACAUCCUGGCAGGUGUGAGCGGGGAGGCUGGAGCCAAGAGUGACCUGAUGGUCUUCAGCCCCAACAUUCCUGUUUUUGCAGAUAAUGGGGAGGUUAGGAAUGGGAAGGAACUGCUCCCGAAUGCAUCUGGAGAGCCAAAACCACCCAAUCCUGACUGGCGUUAUUCUGCAUCUUUAAGAGCUGGAAUGCAAGGUGCUGUACACAUGGACGAAGCAGGAGGCUUACGUGUGGGACCUGGAGGACCUGAGCAGCAGUGGCCAACAGUCUCCAGUGCAACAACAGAACCAGAGGCUGGCGAGGUGUCCCCCCCAGUGGGAGCUGGCGUGAACAGCAACAGUUGGACCUUUAAAUAUGGACCUGGCAACUCCAAGCAGCCUGGUCCCGGUGAGUUGCCAGACAAAUUCAUUAUCCCAGGAUCUCCUGCAAUCAUCUCCAUCCGUCAGGAUCCGCCAAACAGCCAAACUGACAAAAGUGACUUCAUAACCUUUGGCAAGAAGGAGGAGAGCAAGAAAAAGAAGAAAAAGAAGAAGGGGAACAAAGCUCAGGAGAAAAAAGAGAAGGGCAACAGCACCACGGACAACAGUGACCAGUGAGGGGUUUAUACUGAACAAUCUACUUAGCCAAUUUUUGUAAUCUUGGAAGAUCUCUCCUAUGUAGCAACUCCCAACUUCUUCCUACUGUUAGCCAGUUUCCUGUAUGUGCAAGACUUCAGAAAUCCACAGGGAAUUCACAAUGUCUGUCUAGAUUGCUUAACAGUUUUGUCUUGAAAGCUUUAUUAAGCCUGGUGUUAACUCUUUUUCUCCACUCUGGCUUGUUUUCAGAAUCUAAAAAGCAGACACAAGUUUCUUUUCUCCUACGCUGAAAAGGAGACUCUUCACAAUACAGCCAGUGCGAGGUUGGACUCUUUGCAUUGUGGUUCCUGUGAUCCUGUCCUGAUGAUA